AUUUAUUUUUUCUGAACCAAAAACCCUAAACUCUCAAAAACCCUCGUAAAGGCUUUGGUAAGGACCACGUCGAACAGAAAUGGGGAAGAAGAAGAAGAGAGCCGAAUCAGAAGCAGAAGCACAACCAGAAGAGAACAAAGUCGACGCUGUGAAUGGCGACCCUCAUCAGAAAGAUAAGAAGAAGAAAAAGCACAAAUUCGACCGACCCGCCGUGAUACCUUCCGUGAGCGUAGCCGUCCCCGGUUCAAUCAUCGACAACACUCAAUCCCUCGAACUCGCCACCCGAUUGGCCAGUCAGAUUGCUCGUGCCGCGACGAUUUUCCGAAUCGACGAGGUGGUGAUAUUUGACAAUAAGAGUGAGUCUGGCUCAUUGCCACAAGCUGAUUCAGAUGAGAAUGAAAGCGGUGCUGCUUUUCUUGUACGAAUCUUGAGGUACCUUGAGACACCUCAGUAUUUGAGAAAACCUCUAUUUCCAAAACACAACAGCCUAAGAUUUGUGGGCAUGUUACCCCCGCUUGAUGCUCCGCACCAUCUGCGCAAACAUGAAUGGGGUCUGUUUCGGGAAGGUGUCACAUUGAAAGAAAGACCUCCCAACCUUGUGGGAACACUAGUUGAUGUGGGCUUGAGUAAGAAUGUCAUUGUUGAUCAAGUACUUGAUCCUGGAACAAGAGUUACUGUGGCUAUGGGAGCCAGUUGGAACUUGGAUGCUGAUAUAUCACGCCAGGUUGUCUCAUCCUCCAAGCCUAGGGAAGAAGCAGGAACAUAUUGGGGGUACAAAGUGCGCUAUGCUUCUAAUAUUACUUCAGUCAUGAAUGAAUGCCCAUACAAGGGUGGCUAUGACCAUUCAAUUGGUACCUCAGAGCACGGUCAGAUUAUUAAUUCCUCUGAGCUCACUGUACCUACUUUCAGGCAUCUAUUGAUUGCUUUUGGUGGACUUGCUGGGUUGGAAGAGAGCGUUGAAGAGGAUGCUAACUUAAAGGCAAAAAAUGUGCGAGAGGUAUUUGAUUUGUAUUUGAACACAUGCCCACAUCAGGGGAGUCGAACAAUUCGAACUGAGGAAGCCAUUCUCAUAUCUCUUCAGUAUUUCCAAGAACCAAUCAGCCGAGCAUUGAAGAGAAUUUAGCAUUAAAGUUCACUAAUUGGAGGACAUUAGGAACUUCCACAGUUGCCAAGAUCACUGGGAAUCCGAAAUCAAGUCAUGAUUCUUCCGAUUCGUAACUUUGCUUCUAACAUCAUUAAAGGCGGGAAUAGCAAUUAUGCGGCAGAAGAUUAUCCUCGUCCUUUUUGUUCAUUUGUUUCUGCCCAACUAGUCCACAAGCUGCUCAACCUUAAGCUGCAUGAUUAAGCGGACAAUUUGUGAUCUAAAUGAAGCUGCAAGGUUGGAAGGAAAGUCUGCUAAAAAACUUAAUUGAUGUUGUAAUCCGGGUGAAUAUUGAAGAGUUUUUGUAUUGGCGCCUUGAGUAGGUGGAUCGAGCGCAGCUGGUAAAUUUCGGAGCACCAGCUCAUUGUUUUCUUCUUGUAAACAUGUAAGGUAGACAAUUUUUUAUGGGGUUGAAAACAUAUAUGAAAAAACUGUAUUGAAAACUUUAGAAAGCCAAUAACCAAAUAUGGAUGGGUUUUUUGGUUAA